GUGCGUGACGCGCGCGCCCGCGCUCAGUGCGGAGAGAGAGAGAGCGCAAUAGAGAGAGAGGGGGAUAGAGAAGAAGCGAGGAUCUCGUGGCAUACGACAGUACCAAGAACACAUAACGGGAAGCUAUAUGCGACAGCAGUAGAAUACUGAUAAGAUGCUGAGCGUUGCCACACUGUGUGUGUCUGUCGUCGCUUUUGGACAGGUCUGCGCUCGCUCAGACAACGGGAAUUUUCUGGAUGAUAAGUGGCUGACUGGGAGAUGGGACAAAUUUCGGGAUGAGCCAGGAACAUGGACACCAGGAAAACCUUUCGAUCAAGCCCUUGACCCUGCCAAAGACCCCUGUCUGAAGAUCAAGUGUGGCCGCCACAAGGUGUGUGUGGCCGAGGACUACCAGACCGCCACCUGUGUCAGCCAGAGGAGAGUCAGCUUUAAGGAUGCAGGUCUCCUCCAGAGUCCGGGGUCAAAGUGCAAACAGUGCCCUGUCGUUCACCCCACCCCCGUCUGUGGCACCGACGGACACAGCUACUCCACCAAGUGUAAGUUGGAGUACCAGGCGUGUAUUACAGGGAAGAAGAUUGCGUUGAAGUGUCCUGGCCUGUGUCCCUGUCCCACCCAGCCUGACCAAAGCAGCACAGAGAAGAGAGUGUGCAGUGAGUCAGACCUGAAGGAGGCAGUGGGUCGUCUCAGGGAUUGGUUCAGGGUGCUCCAUGAGAACGGGAAUCACAAGAGAGUCAAGAUCCAGAAACCAGAGAUGAACAAGUUUGAACCCGGGGCAUUGCCUAUUUGCAAGGAUCCUCUGGGAUGGAUGUUCUCCCGUCUAGACACCAACUUCGACCUCCAGCUGGACCAAUCAGAGCUCAGCAGCCUGGACCGGAACGAGCCUUGCUCCGAGGCGUUCUUCCACUCCUGUGACACACACGCAGACAAAGUGCUCAGCAGCACCGAGUGGUGCACCUGCUUCCAGAGGCAUACAGAUUCGCCCUGUAAGUCAGAGCUGUCCAACAUCAACAAGAAGCAGGCGGGAAAGAAGCUGCUAGGUCAGUACCUGCCGACAUGUGAUGAGGAGGGGUACUACAGGUCACACCAGUGCCACAGCAGCAGUGGCCAAUGCUGGUGUGUGGAUCGCUAUGGCAAUGAAGUAGCUGGCUCAAGGAGCCACGGGCCCGCAGACUGUGGUGUGGUCUUAGAGUCUUCUGGAGACCUUGGCAGUGGAGACUCGCUCUUCUCUGACGAUGACGAUGAUGAAGAUUCCUUCGUCCUGAAUGACGAGGCCAGAAUGGACGACGGGGACGACGAAGACGAGGAUGAUGACGAGGAUGAUGAAUAUCUGUCUUAAUCAUUUACUUAUGUAUAGAAAUGAAAAUUCCUAACUGCUUGGUCAAACUGCACGUUUUAGGUGAACCCCCAGACAGAUAUUUAUCGUACUAACAGCCUAUGGACUACAACUGUGUCUUCUGUUAAUAAUUUACUACCGAUGUUCCUGGUUAAUGUUCAUGAUUUCUCUUUCUGUCUGACCUAACGUAUGAUUGGCGGCUGCUGCCGUGGUGGCAUCCAAUCAGAAAAUAUUUUCAGGACUAACAUAGCCUAGGGCUCAUCCUCAGCCAACACUGUGCUGUGGACAAGGUCAUAUGUGAGACAACUCCUCGCCUCAUUGGACGGACAACGUCCUAUAAUGAGCCCUGUCCUAAUAUUGAGCACUCUGACCGUGUUGUUCAAGAGAUUCUUCCCUUCUUUUCCUCUUAUUCCUCCCUUAUUCCCCUGUAAGAGAUAAGAGAAUAUUGUACUUGUUUGGGUUAUUUUCAUUCUGAUUUGCCAACUAAAAUGUUGUGGAUAAGCGGUUAGAUAUGCUUCUUUAGAGAGAAAAUGAAAAUAUAAAAGCCAGUGCACAGAACUUACAAUCAGAACUGUUCCUGCGACAAUGUAGGAAAAGGAGUUUUAUUGCAGUAGCCUCCAAAUGACAUUUCUCCAAACUCCCCACGUAAUCAGAACUGAAGAAAAGAAUAGGUGAUUCUAUUUUUCUAUUGCAUUGUUUCUGUAAUGCAGGACGUGAACGGAUUUGGUCUAAGCAUGCCUUUCACUGAGUUCAGCACAGUAUUAAUUUACAGACUAGCAUAGCAAGGGAGUAGCAGCUCUCUGUGAUGACUUCACUCAGCAUGGACAGAAAAAAAAGAAAAACUACACUGACAGCAUAAACUCUUACCCACAAUCCCCAGUAAAAGUGUAACUGACCUGUCCACUUAUCCCAUUUUUAUUGUCUUUGGGUGUGGAGUCAGAAAUAUUGUUGACAUUGCACAGUGCAACAGAGCAGUGCAACAGAUUUUAAUGUAUGUUAAUGUUUGAGUUUGAGUAGAGCAAAUACAGUAUUUAAAUGUUUAAAAAUUAUAACAUGACUUUUAAGUAUACAAUGUAACUCAGCAUUCUUUAUUACACACACACACACACACGCGCACACACACACACGCACACACACCGCAACCAUGUGGUGGUGGACGUCUGCUCUGGCUAGGACUGUGUAAAGGUGUGCCUUUCCCUAAGCAGACACACAGAGAUGGUAGCGUUGAUGGGUUACGGGUUAGAGCUAAACGAGCACACUCGACAUACAGCCUUCAUUGCGCUCCAUAAGGGUGUCGCAAGCCUGCUAAGCACGUUGGACAGCUCAUUAGACACCUUCAGACAUGAUCUUAACUCUUACUCAAGUGUUUCAUACGGCCAGGUCUGGUUUUCUUCUCAUGAGUUGUUACGUAGAUUAGAAUGUAGAGAAGCACACAGCUAAGCUAAGAAGUUCAACCACACAUACAUUCUGCUGGAAUCCACAGUGUUUUUAUAUAUUAGUACAGUGUCUAUGAACGUUGAUUAGACAGCAUCGAAAGAGUAUUUCAAUGUUAUCUGUUAUGAUGAGUUAAGCUUGACAAUGAGGCAGUCAGACAUUGUUAGUCUAGUGUACCUUUGAGUUACACACCGUUUGAAAAUACAUACAGACCUGACCAUGAAAAAUGGAUGGCCUUGCAUGUGGACCAUAGGGCAACUGGAAUCCCAUCGUAAGAACGGAAAAGUAUUGUCCACUUGUUAAAAUUUAUAUUUAAAUGUACUUUGGGGACUUGACUGAAAACCCUCAAAAUGGUGGACCUCCAUAGUAAAACUUUUAGCAUCCGCUCACCAAGGAAACUAAAGUUCCGCUCAUGAUUAAUCUGAUAUAGAAGUAUUGUUCUAGAGGUAUGACACACAUGCAUUUUUUACAGUGUAUGUAUGAUUUGAUGAAAUAAAAACAAUAUUGACUAAAGUCAA